AUGUUGAGGAAUCUACGCUGCCACUUAAUCUUCAUUUUAGGAUUUCUUUUUAUGGCUGAAAAGAUCUCCUGCAAAUUUGAAUUCACCAACGUGCAGUGCACAUCGCUCGACAAAACCUUCGCUGAUUUUGAAUUCUGCUAUUUAAGAUCUGUGAAUCGGAGCUACAAGUACAUAACGCUAAAAGUGAACUUGUUCAAAACGCCACGAUAUAACGGCUACAGGCCCUUUAUGUUCAAUAUCACAUUGGAUGCGUGUAGAUUUUUGAGAAACCCCGACUCGAACCCAGUGGGGAAAUACUUUUGGGAAUUCUUCAAUUCCCACUCUAAUCUAAACCAUUCCUGCCCCUAUGAUCACGAUCUAUUUGUGGACAAGGUUUCCAUAGACUUUGUUGACCACAGAGUUACGAAGAUUUUGCCCUUCCCUGAAGGCGACUAUCUACUGGAAACUCAUUGGAUGGCAUAUGAAAUCGAACGGGCGACAGUCAAGUUGUAUGGUAGAAUUUCGUAA